GAUUUCAUCUGAGCGCUAAAUCAAAGGAUGCUAUAGGUGUUUCGGUGACCUGUCAAAAACGAGCUACCCUAGGGCCCCAAUUUCACGGACAAACUGAACCAGCCACUGUGUUACAAUCACAACCAAAGAAGGUCACGAACCGAAAAUGUAUACCUUAGCCGUGGACCGUACAUGCAACUUGUAAGUACCCACACGGGGCCGGCGCAGUUUCAGACUUCAUUUAGCUGGACUGAUCAAUUCAUCAAUCUGUUCCAAGGUGGGUGGGUAUACACAGCGGAGCUGCACGGCUCUCUCUCAUCGGUGACACUGGCUCAAAUCACCCGGGAGGGUUUGGCAUCUGUGCCCACUCCAUCCACAUGCAGGCACGCUCAUAUCGGUGACAGGAUGUACACGUUUUGCAAUUGAAGGAAACGACUGUCUACAAAGCGCUCCUGUUAUCGUACAAUCUCACUGGGUUAUGUAAAGGGAAUAUCGAAGACUAGAUUUCAGACAGAUAAGGGAGUGGCUGUACUUUUGGUGACUGAUCCUUUCGACGAUUGCUUUCAACUUGUAGGUUUGUGUAAACCUGUGCUUACACCUACCUGUGUGAUGUUGAAAUGAAAGGAUGCUCUCACGUGUGAAGCUCACAAAGCGUAAUGAACAGAAUUUGAAUCAGCUGAAACGCAUCGGACAGUUGUAGGGUUUCCAGCAGUGCAAUAUAAGGUAUUUUGCUGCAAUAUUGCUCCAGUCAAGCUUGAGAACGUCAUCAAUGACAUCAUUAAAAACCUUGGAAAAGCUUCCAGUGGGCUUCCGGAAGCAUUCUGCUGUUCUGUAAUUCCUAUGAACACACGAAUACAUCGAUGACUAACGGGUGAGAAAGUGCAACUUGAUCGCGAAUGAUAAACUUCAAAUCGGCAGCAAUGGCGUCACGAGUCACCAUCGCCAUCCUCGUGGGUUUGUGGACAUUGGCAAUGUCACAAAACGUGGACAACCUUGGUCCCACGGAAGUCAUCUCGACGGGUCGAAUUCUGGGUAAGAGAAUGUCUGUUCUUGGUAAGACGGUGGACGGCUUCUUCGGGAUUCCGUACGGGAAGUCACCAGAGGGAAAUCUGCGCUUCAAAAGCCCCCUGCCUCGCGAGCCGUGGAACGGUACCUACAACGCCACCACGCACGGGUUCGGAUGCUUCCAAGUCCCAGACGAGAACUUCGAGGGAUUCCAUGGGUCAGAGAUGUGGAACCCGAACGUUAUGCUGAAGGAGGACUGCUUGAACCUGAACGUGUGGGUGCCUUACCCUAGGCCGACCAACGCUGCUGUCAUGGUGUGGGUGUACGGUGGGUCUUACAUUUCAGGUGUGGAUUCCUUGGACGUCUACGAUGGGAAGACGCUGGUCGCUGAGGAAGGCGUCAUUGUGGUUUCCAUGAAUUACCGAGUAGGCGCGCUGGGAUUCUUAGCCAUGGAUGACCCUAACGCUCCGGGAAAUAUGGGACUCAGGGACCAGACCUUGGCUUUACAGUGGGUGCAAGACAACAUCGCAGUCUUCGGUGGGGAUCCAGGCCAGGUUACUCUGUUCGGAGAGAGUGCUGGAGCUGCCAGUAUCUCACUUCAUAUGAUCUCCCCAGAGAGUAUGCAUCUCUUCAAGCGAGCGGCUCUAGAGAGCGCUGCCCUCAGCGUACCUUGGGGAUACUACACGAUGGAAGAGGGGAUCCGUAGAGGUAUGAUACUAGCGAAGCAACUGCACUGCACCGAGGAUACCAUGGGUAACGUGCUCACCGUCCCACAGGUGAUUGACUGUUUACGUAGUAGGGAUGUGGUUCAAAUCCUGACCUUCCAGUGGGUUACUUCAGACUAUCUUGACUUCCCCUUUGUUCCUGUCGUGGACGGUAGCUUCCUAACAGAGCGGCCAGAGACGGCUCUCAAGCGGGGAGCGGUCAAGGACUGCGAGCUGCUAAUUGGCAGUAACACAAACGAAGGCUCCUUCUUCCUGAUCUACGAGGUGCCAGGGUUCUCCAAGGACACAGACAGCCUUCUGGACAAGGAAGCUUUCAUAACGGCGAUGAAGUACGCUUUCCCCCAAGCAAACUCCUUCGGGAUGAAGGCACUGGAAUACCAGUACACGCCUUGGCUGAACCCGGAAAACAGGUCACUCCUGCGAGACGCGAUAGACAAAGCCACCGGGGAUUACAACUUCAUCUGCCCGACCUACGAGAUGGCUUUGGGGUACGCUCGAUUCGACCACCCGGUGUAUUACUACCGCUUUACUGAUCGGUCGUCCAAUAACCCCUGGCCUGCCUGGAUGGGUGUGCUUCACGCUGAUGAGAUCGCUUACAUCUUCGGACUUCCUCUUCAUCCGGAGCAAGGUUUCAACUCUCAGGAGGAGCAGCUGAGUCGAAUGAUGAUGAGAUACUGGGCCAACUUUGCCAAAACUGGCAAUCCUAACGCCAACUCUGGGAGCGACUGGCCUCUUUACACUGUGGAACAACAGCAAUUCUUCACAUUGGACAAAUCCAUCAUUGGCGGGGAAUACUUGAUUGGACGUGGUCCCUUUGCUCAAGCCUGUGCUUUCUGGAGGGAGUAUUUCCCCACCCUGGUAACGCAGACAGGUGACAUUAGCGAGGCAGAGAGGAUUUGGAAACAACAAUUUAAUGACUGGAGCACGAAGUACAUGGUCAACUGGAAAGCAGAAUUUGACAAAUAUGUCAACGGAAAGCAAUGCGAGUAGAGACGGAGUUAAUUCGCCUGGAUGUACACUUUUUAUACAGAAGAAUUCCACAAAAAUAGAUUCAUGUCCUGUUAAUACCUUUUUCAUGAACUGGUUUUAAGAGUUUGAUUUACGUUGUUUGUGCUGUCGAAAGUGAAGGGUUUCUUUAAAUUGUUUAAUUUGUUUGUUUGCAUUGCUGCUGCUGGUUUAGGAAGUAUUGGUCUUUUUAAACUCAGUGUUUCAGUUGAUUCAUAAUCGUUUGCAAACUUCUUUUCAAAGACUUUUCUACCUCGUGUUUAAAAUAUCUGAAGACUAUCCCCAAUGAUUUUUAGUUUUAUGGGGACUGACAGAGUAAACAUCAAUGUGAGUUUUUGUGUUCAAAUAUUUCGACCGUUGGCAAAUUCUAUCACCAUGUUUCAUUAGUCUUUCAGGAGUACGUGGUUAAAGCGCCCUCUUUGGACAUUGUUGAGUGAAACAAGCAUUGCGUUGAUAGGAUGAACAAUACGGGAUACAGUCUUAGGCUGCAUCCAAAUCUAUUGUCUAGAGCUUGGUUUAGCUCUUCACUCCGUUGUAAAAGCGUGGAGACGCUUAAACAAUAGACCAAGCCGUAGCCCUGGAAGCCCGUUUCGGACACGGCCUUAAUCCAUAAUAAGUGAAAUUAUUACCGCUGUGGGAAUAAAACUAAGUUGUUUUUAUACAACGGAGCUAUAUUUGGUUAUUAUCUUGCAUUUGUAAAGAUUUUUCUCGAGUAUUAUUGAUUUGUUGUCAAUUAUCUUAAUUUCGUGUGUAAUGGGUGAUGGCAUGGAAAAAUAACUAAUCAUUUAGGUUGGAUCUUUAAAAUAAACUACCUGUAAUCGUAUUAAGCCCUAA